CAAAAAGAACGCGUCGCCGCAGUCUCUGCCCUUAACGCCUCUUUGUUUUGUCUUUUUUUUUUUUUGCGUACCGCUGGCUUUUGGCUUCCCGGGAGCAACGCCGGGGUCGUCGCGAGCGUGGACGAGGGGUCGGAGCAGGCCAACAUGGCAGCCAAGCGGAUUUCCCAAGAGACAUUUGAUGAUGUGGUACAGGAAAAUAUCAUUGAGUUUGGAAUGGAUCCGGAAGAGGCAUUGAAUGAAGCCAUCCAGCAGUUUGAAUCUCAAGGCGUAGAUUUAAGCAAUAUAGUAAAGAUUGUACCCAGUCCAGCUUCAGAGAAUGGUCAAGAACAGAAGCACAUGGUUUUACAGAUAUUGGACUGUCUCCAGAAAGCCGUCAUCGAUGCAGAUUCGAGCAAGGUGGACGAAUCUUUGGUGAACUUUGCCAGGCAGUGCAGGCAGGAGCUGUCGGUCCGUUACCUGGCUGCCCAGAAAGGUGCCUACCCUGCAGUCCUGGCUGCUUGUCGGCUGGCAUCGGAAGAGCGAUGCUCCCUUUUAAAAGCCCUCCAAGCCCUCUCUGCCCUCCUGGAGGGCCAGCCUGACAUCCUCGAUGUGCCCGGGCAGGAGCUCUUGCUGCGGGUGCUCCAGGAGAGCCGAGAUGACGCUGACCUGACUUUGGCUGGCGUCCGUUGCAUCCGAUAUGCGUGCCUGAAACACGAGCAGAAUCGUCAGGAUCUUGUGAAAGGGGGCAUCCUUGCCCUACUCUCUGAGGCUAUAGUCCGGCACGGAGACCGGGCAGACGUGGUCCGGGAGGCUUGUUCAGGGCUGCGCAUCAUGACCUUUGACGAUGACAUCCGGGUGCCCUUCGGCCAUGCCCAUGACCAUGCCAGGAUGAUUGUGGCUGAGCAUAACGGCUUGGGCAUCCUGAUAGAGGCAGCCAAAGCCUUCACUGAUGACUGUAGUGUUUUGAGUGAAAUCUGUGCCACUCUGGCACGCCUGUCUGUCCGGAAUGAAUUUUGCCAGGAGAUCAUGGACCUUGGAGGCUUAAACUUCAUAGUGGCACUGUUGGCGGACUGCAUUGAUCAUCAGGAACUGGUGAAACAGGUGCUCAGUGCCAUCCGGGCCAUUGCAGGCAACGAUGAUGUCAAAGAUGCCAUUGUCAAUGCAGGAGGGACUGAUCUCAUUAUUUUGGCCAUGAGUCGCCAUCUUGGCAACCCGCAGGUGUGUGAACAGAGUUGUGCGGCAUUGUGUAUGCUAGCGUUGCGCAAGCCAGAGAACUGCCGAGUCAUCAUGGAAGGCGGGGGAGCCUUGGCAGCUUUGCAGGCCAUGAAGACGCACCCCAGGGAAGUUGCUGUGCAGAAGCAAGCUUGCAUGUUGAUUCGCAACUUGGUCUCGCAUACGCAGGACUUCUCCCAGCCCAUCCUGGAGAUGGGAGCUGAGGACUUGAUCACUGAAGCCCGAGAAGCCCAUCGGGACUGCGAUGACGUGGCCAAAGCCGCCUUGAGGGACCUGGGCUGCAAGGUGGAGCUGCGGGAACUCUGGACUGGCCAGAAAGGAAGCCUGGCCCGUUGAGGUCUCAAUCCCCCUCCACUGGGCAGCACCUGCGAAUGAGGAGUAGGAGAGGGAAGCAAAGAUUGGAAUAAAUCCAGACUGAGCAGUUGAGAGGGUGGGGAGGAAAGUGUAUUGAUGCCUUUGGAGUUGGAUAGGACUUAGUUGCUACAGCAGGAGGCCUGCGCUCCAUACUCUCUGGCCUUCAGCUUCUUGGCCCAGGCUGCCCUUUUGCCGUGUUGUGUUGGCAAUGUCCACGAAGCGGCCCUUCUCUCAUAAACAGGGUGGCAGUGCGGUGCCAACGAUGCCGCCCUGCAACAAUGCUUCCACGUUCAAGAACGGGAGACCCCUGCGGUGCGUGUGCGAAACUCUAGCGCCUGUACAAAUUGUCUCAAAAGAUUUUAGCAACAAAAGAGAGGGUGGAAGGAGCAGGUGGUGGGAGCUCAUGUUUUGCUACUGUCUCGGAAUACUUCCUUCUCCUGCCCUGCAGGUAUGUGUUACUCAACUAGGCCUUGGUUACUAUGACAACGGUUAAGCUUACCAGCUUCCUGCUGUAAUGCUUCCAUUUGUUUGAAUGUGCUGCCUGAAGUCCUGAUCUGUUUUUUGUCCUCAGCCAUUCCAGUUGUUUCUGUGUGUCAUCAUGCUGUUCAACCAAUGCAUGCUGCCUUUAUUUUUCUCUAAUUGCUCCUGCCCUCAAUUUUUUUUUUUAUAAUAGAAGUGUCACCUGAUUAAGGGCAAAAAAGGAGGUUGAAUAGUGUGGGAUCCUUGCAUUGUGCACUUCGUAAAUAUCUAUACUCCCUUUGAAUAUGUAUUCAAAUCAAAUUUCUAGCCCACGAGGGCUGUGGUUGGUGUGCACUCCAAGAGGUCAGAAAAGAAUGGCCUUUUAUUUAUUUAUUUUUCUCUUCCUUUUUCUGCCUUCCUCCCCUUGUGAUUAGUAAAAUCCAGGAUGAAUUAGUUCUCCAAAAUGGGACUAUUUAAAUAAACCAGUGUAAUUAAUGCAAGUGUUUAAACUUUCCUUGAUGUAGUUUUGGUUGCCUGUGGAAAAAUUGCCAGAUAUGUUAUAUAAAAAUAU